ACCAUGUAUGUGGGAUAUCUGUUGGAUAAAGAGAGCGGCAUGUAUCACCAAGGGCCCGCGAGAAGAUCCAGCAUCAAUCUGCCUCCACAGAACUUUGUCUCCACUCCACAGUACCCCGACUUUACCGGAUACCAUCAUGUGCCAAACAUGGAAACGCACGCACAGUCUGCGGGCAGCUGGGGCCCAACAUACGGGGCCCCGAGAGAGGACUGGGGCGCAUAUAGUUUAGGACCGCCUAAUACAAUUCCCACACCAAUGAACAACACGUCACCGGGUCAGGUUCCGUACUGCUCUUCUGACUACAGUCACAUGCAUCCGCCCGGAUCUGCGGUCUUACAACCACCGCCGGAGAACGUAACAGUCGGACAACUCUCUCCUGAUAGAGAAAGACGCAAUUCGUAUCAGUGGAUGAGUAAAACUGCGCAAUCAUCUUCCACAGGUAAAACAAGGACGAAGGAGAAAUACAGGGUAGUUUACACAGACCACCAGAGGCUGGAGCUGGAGAAAGAGUUUCAUUUUAACAGAUACAUCACCAUCAGAAGGAAAUCUGAGCUGGCUGUCAAUCUGGGAUUGUCCGAAAGACAGGUGAAAAUCUGGUUCCAGAACCGCAGAGCUAAAGAGAGGAAGAUGAUUAAGAAGAAGAUGGGUCAGUCUGACGGCAGCGGGGGUUCGGUCCACAGUGACCCGGGAUCAGUCAGCCCUCUGCCGGUGCCGGGCUCUCUCAGCCCCACGGACAUCCACGUUCCCUCCAUGUUCCCUCCUCAGAUGAACCAACUGCCUUCUAUCAGGAAUAUACAGCAGGUUUCAGUGACUCAGUGACAGUCCGGACCACAGGUCCAGCACCGGUCUGGACCUGGACCUGGACCUGGAUCGGCACCAGAACCAGAAGUGAGCACUCCGACUCUGUGACAGGACACUUGAUGCAGAGAAUCCAGGGAUUUUAACCCACGACG